GAGGAGGCGGCGGCAUGGGGGCAGGCGCUGGCGUCGCGCGAGCCCGGGCUGGAGCGGCGCGCUAGAGCCCUGACGUGCGCCCUUUUCUUUCUUCUCCCGGCCGCGGAAAGCAUGAGCGUGCAGACCCGCCGCUGCGGCGGCCGCCCCGGCUCCUCGCUCGCGCGUCCCCUGGCCGCCGGUCGCCGGUGAGGGCCGCGAGCGCGCGCGCUGGCGGGGGGAAGAUGGGGGCCGUGCUGAGGAGCCUCCUGGCCUGCAGCUUCUGCGUGCUGCUGAGAGCGGCCCCUUUGUUGCUUUAUGCAAACAGACGGGACUUGAGAUUGGUUGAUGCUACAAAUGGCAAAGAGAAUGCAACGAUUAUAGUUGGAGGCUUGGAGGAUGCAGCUGCGGUGGACUUUGUGUUUGGUCAUGGCUUGAUAUACUGGAGUGAUGUCAGCGAAGAAGCCAUUAAGCGAACAGAAUUUAACAAAACUGAGAGUGUACAGAAUGUUGUUGUUUCUGGAUUAUUGUCCCCGGAUGGGCUGGCAUGUGAUUGGCUUGGAGAAAAAUUGUACUGGACAGAUUCUGAAACUAAUCGUAUUGAAGUUUCUAAUUUAGAUGGAUCUUUACGAAAAGUUUUAUUUUGGCAAGAGUUGGAUCAACCCAGAGCUAUUGCCUUAGAUCCAUCAAGUGGGUUAAUGUACUGGACUGACUGGGGAGAAGUGCCAAAGAUAGAACGUGCUGGAAUGGAUGGUUCAAGUCGCUUGGUUAUAAUAAACACUGAAAUUUACUGGCCAAAUGGACUGACUCUGGAUUAUGAGGAGCGGAAACUUUAUUGGGCAGAUGCAAAACUUAACUUCAUCCAUAAAUCAAACCUGGAUGGAACAAAUCGGCAGGCAGUGGUUAAAGGUUCCCUUCCACAUCCUUUUGCCUUGACGUUAUUUGAGGACACAUUGUACUGGACUGACUGGAAUACACACUCUAUUUUGGCUUGCAACAAGUAUACUGGCGAGGGUCUGCGUGAAAUCCAUUCUAACAUCUUCUCUCCCAUGGAUAUACAUGCUUUCAGCCAGCAGAGGCAGCCAAAUGCUACAAAUCCAUGUGGAAUUGAUAAUGGUGGUUGUUCCCAUUUGUGUUUGAUGUCUCCAGUCAAGCCUUUUUAUCAGUGUGCUUGUCCAACUGGGGUCAAGCUUCUGGAGAAUGGAAAAACCUGCAAAGAUGGUGCCACUGAACUAUUGCUUUUAGCUCGACGGACAGACUUGAGACGCAUUUCUUUGGAUACACCAGAUUUUACUGACAUUGUCCUGCAGUUAGAAGACAUCCGGCAUGCCAUUGCUAUAGACUACGAUCCUGUAGAAGGCUAUAUCUACUGGACUGAUGAUGAAGUGAGGGCCAUCCGUCGUUCCUUUAUAGAUGGAUCUGGCAGCCAGUUUGUGGUCACUGCCCAGAUUGCUCAUCCUGAUGGUAUUGCUGUUGACUGGGUUGCAAGAAACCUGUACUGGACAGACACUGGCACUGAUCGGAUAGAAGUGACAAGGCUCAAUGGGACCAUGAGGAAGAUCCUGAUUUCAGAGGAUUUAGAGGAGCCCCGGGCUAUUGUGUUAGAUCCCAUGGCUGGGUACAUGUAUUGGACUGACUGGGGAGAAAUCCCCAAAAUUGAACGAGCGGCUCUGGAUGGUUCUGACCGAGUAGUUCUUGUUAACACUUCCCUUGGUUGGCCAAAUGGCUUAGCUCUGGAUUAUGAUGAAGGCACAAUAUACUGGGGAGAUGCCAAAACAGACAAAAUUGAGGUUAUGAAUGCUGACGGCACUGGGAGGCGAGUGCUGGUGGAAGACAAGAUCCCUCACAUAUUUGGGUUCACCCUGUUGGGUGACUAUGUUUACUGGACGGACUGGCAGAGGCGGAGCAUCGAAAGAGUACACAAACGGAGUGCAGAAAGGGAGGUCAUCAUAGACCAGCUGCCCGACCUCAUGGGACUGAAGGCCACAAGUGUUCACAGAGUCAUUGGUUCCAACCCCUGUGCUGAGGAAAACGGAGGAUGUAGCCAUCUUUGCCUCUAUAGGCCUCAGGGACUUCGAUGUGCUUGUCCCAUUGGCUUUGAACUCAUCAGUGACAUGAAGACUUGCAUUGUUCCUGAGGCUUUCCUUCUGUUUUCACGGAGAGCAGAUAUCAGACGCAUAUCUUUGGAAACCAACAAUAAUAAUGUGGCCAUUCCUCUUACUGGUGUCAAAGAAGCUUCUGCUUUGGAUUUUGAUGUCACUGACAACAGAAUUUACUGGACUGAUAUAUCACUGAAGACUAUUAGCAGAGCCUUUAUGAAUGGCAGUGCACUGGAACAUGUGGUAGAGUUUGGCUUAGAUUAUCCAGAAGGCAUGGCAGUGGACUGGCUUGGGAAGAACUUGUACUGGGCAGACACAGGAACGAAUCGCAUCGAGGUGUCAAAGUUGGAUGGGCAGCACCGACAGGUUUUGGUAUGGAAAGACCUCGACAGUCCCCGAGCUCUGGCACUGGAUCCUGCUGAAGGAUUUAUGUAUUGGACUGAAUGGGGAGGAAAGCCUAAGAUUGACAGAGCUGCUAUGGAUGGAAGUGAACGUACUACAUUAGUUCCAAAUGUGGGGCGAGCAAAUGGUCUAACUAUCGAUUAUGCUAAAAGGCGGCUUUACUGGACAGACCUGGACACUAACUUAAUAGAGUCUUCUAAUAUGCUUGGACUCAACCGUGAAGUUAUAGCAGAUGACUUGCCUCAUCCUUUUGGCUUAACUCAAUACCAAGAUUACAUCUACUGGACAGACUGGAGCCGACGCAGCAUUGAACGUGCCAACAAAACCAGUGGCCAAAACCGCACCAUCAUCCAGGGCCAUUUGGAUUAUGUGAUGGACAUCCUUGUCUUUCACUCCUCCCGGCAGGCAGGGUGGAAUGAAUGUGCCUCCAGCAACGGGCACUGCUCCCACCUCUGCUUGGCUGUGCCAGUUGGAGGUUUUGUGUGUGGAUGCCCUGCCCACUACUCCCUGAAUGCCGACAACAGGACCUGUAGUGCUCCUACCACUUUCCUGCUCUUCAGUCAGAAGAGUGCCAUCAACCGCAUGGUGAUUGAUGAACAGCAGAGUCCUGACAUCAUCCUUCCUAUCCACAGCCUUCGGAAUGUCAGGGCCAUUGAUUAUGACCCUUUGGACAAGCAGCUUUACUGGAUUGACUCUCGACAAAACAUGAUCCGUAAGGCACAAGAAGAUGGUGGCCAGGGUUUUACUGUAGUUGUAAGCUCAGUUCCAAAUCAGAACCUUGAAAUACAGCCAUAUGACCUCAGCAUUGAUAUUUAUAGCCGUUACAUCUACUGGACUUGUGAAGCUACCAAUGUUAUUGAUGUGACAAGAUUGGAUGGACGAUCAAUUGGAGUGGUUCUAAAAGGCGAGCAAGACAGACCUCGAGCCAUUGUGGUAAACCCUGAGAAAGGGUAUAUGUACUUUACCAAUCUUCAGGAAAGAUCUCCUAAAAUUGAACGGGCUGCUUUGGAUGGAACAGAGCGGGAGGUCCUCUUUUUCAGUGGCUUAAGUAAACCAAUUGCUUUGGCACUUGAUAGCAAGCUGGGCAAGCUCUUUUGGGCUGAUUCAGAUCUCCGGCGAAUUGAAAGCAGUGAUCUCUCAGGUGCCAACCGGAUAGUGCUAGAAGACUCUAAUAUCUUGCAACCCGUGGGUCUGACCGUGUUUGAAAACUGGCUCUAUUGGAUUGAUAAGCAGCAGCAAAUGAUUGAAAAAAUUGAUAUGACUGGUAGAGAAGGAAGAACCAAGGUGCAGGCUCGGAUUGCUCAGCUGAGUGACAUUCAUGCAGUGAAGGAGCUGAACCUUCACGAAUAUAGACAGCACCCUUGUGCCCAGGAUAAUGGUGGCUGUUCACAUAUUUGCCUUGUAAAAGGAGAUGGCACUACAAGAUGCUCUUGCCCCAUGCACCUCGUUCUGCUUCAGGAUGAGCUGUCCUGUGGAGAACCUCCAACAUGUUCUCCUCAGCAGUUCACUUGUUUCACUGGGGACAUUGACUGUAUCCCUGUGGCUUGGCGCUGUGAUGGGUUUACUGAAUGUGAAGACCACAGUGAUGAACUCAACUGUCCUGUAUGCUCAGAGUCUCAGUUCCAGUGUGCCAGCGGGCAGUGUAUUGAUGGCGUCCUUCGAUGCAAUGGUGAUGCAAACUGCCAGGAUAAGUCCGAUGAGAAGAACUGUGAAGUGCUUUGUUUAAUUGAUCAGUUCCGCUGUGCCAACGGGCAGUGUGUCGGAAAGCACAAGAAAUGCGAUCACAGUGUGGACUGCAGUGACAAGUCUGACGAGCUGGACUGUUAUCCAACUGAAGAGCCAGCACCACAGGCCACCAACACAGUGGGUUCAGUUAUUGGAGUAAUCGUCACCAUAUUUGUGUCUGGAACUAUAUACUUUAUCUGCCAAAGGAUGCUGUGUCCUCGUAUGAAGGGAGAUGGGGAGACUAUGGCUAAUGACUAUGUGGUUCAUGGCCCAGCCUCUGUGCCCCUCGGUUAUGUUCCUCACCCAAGCUCUCUGUCGGGAUCUCUUCCAGGAAUGUCUCGAGGUAAAUCAAUGAUCAGCUCCCUCAGUAUCAUGGGGGGAAGUAGUGGGCCUCCCUACGACCGAGCACACGUCACAGGAGCAUCGUCAAGCAGUUCUUCAAGCACCAAAGGCACUUACUUCCCUGCAAUUUUGAACCCACCACCAUCGCCUGCCACAGAGCGAUCUCAUUAUACCAUGGAAUUUGGUUAUUCUUCCAACAGUCCUUCCACACACAGGUCCUACAGCUACAGACCUUAUAGCUACCGGCACUUUGCACCGCCCACUACACCCUGCAGCACUGAUGUCUGUGACAGUGACUAUGCUCCCAGCCGGAGAAUGACCUCAGUGGCAACAGCCAAGGGCUACACCAGUGACUUGAACUAUGACUCAGAACCUGUGCCCCCACCACCCACACCCCGAAGCCAGUACUUGUCAGCAGAGGAGAACUAUGAAAGUUGUCCCCCUUCUCCAUAUACUGAGAGGAGUUACUCCCACCACCUCUACCCACCACCACCCUCCCCCUGCACGGACUCCUCCUGAGGAGGGGCCCUCCUCCUCUGACUGCCUCCACCGGGAAAUGUAAAUACACAUCUGGUUGAGAUCUGGAGGGGGGGAGGGAGCUAUAAAGAAGAGUGAGGCGGACCCUGUACAGUUAACAUUAUAAAGUGGGUGGGGUACUGGAAAUAUUUGUACAGAAAAAAAAGGAUAUUUAUAUAUUUUCUUAAAAGAGCAGAUUUGCUGCUUGUGCCAUAGAAGUUUGUAUAAAAUAUAAAUUUGUACUAAAAGUUUUAUUUUUGCAAACUAAAUACACAAAGCAUGCCUUAAACCCAGUGAAGUGACUGAGCACAAAGGGAGCAGGGAUAACAGGCAUCACUGAACCAGGAGCGUCUGGGUUUUACUGAUACCAAAAACUAGAGAAAAAGAAGAACGUAAUACCAUCUCAGAGCGGCAGACUUGGAAGGAGCCAAAUCGCCUUCAGAUUGAUUAACAUGUGAGGGCCAACAAGUUAAGAAACCAUAAAGGAAGAAAAUGACAGUACUAACUUUGGACAAAGGGCUUUGUUUUCUCUAGGAAUCUUAACAGUUUUCUUAAGGAAAAUAGAUACUUGUACAAUCCAUUUGGAGUGUGGCUGUUGUAGGAGAUGAAGUGUCUAUUGCAGGAUGCUUUGGAGCUGGUAAGAGCCCACACCUCUGUCCCAGUUCUUGGUAACACUAGCUGCUUUCACCUUGCUGCCUCCCCAGCAACUUGUAGGCCGUUCUGCCAAGAGCCAUGAUUUAGUCAAGCUUUUUAAUCUGAGGAAUUGACUAAAUGGAAUUUACUCAACAAGGGAUUGAUUUCAGUAUAUCUACUAUGUUUGUUCACCAUUUGGCUGAGCUUUUAAGUUUAGUCUGUUUUUACAUAAUCAAAAGUUAGCCAUAUUAUUGGUCUUCCAUGAUUGUUUUAGUGUUCAUUAAAGUGUCUUUUUACAACACAUAUAGACAAUGCUUAAAAAAUCACCAAUCUGUUAUAUUCUUGUAAAUUAGUUUUGUAUCCUUGCAGCGUUCAAUAUCACAGUGUGAAAUCAUUUUAUGUGUAUUUUUUGAGUGAAACAUUUAAAUGUGCUCUGGUUAGAAACAGUCUAUUUAAAAAGAAGGGUGUUUUUGUUGUUAGGUUUCCCCUAUACUAACUGUUUGUGACAGUUUCACUUUCUGUGGACCAGCUUUUCUCAGAGUGACAUCUACAAGCAUACCUCUGUUAGUGUGGUGUGAGGUACCUCCUUGUUAGGCACUGUGAACGUGUUUGUCUUCACACAAUCCACAGUCUGUUCUUACAGUCACUGUGUUUGUAUGUGUGUUCUCUCUUAUCCCAUUAUGGAUUAAGAUAAUUUCACAAAUACAGCAGCGGAGUUCAAUGAGAAGACUCACUGUGCACUUCUCAGCUGCAGGGACUUGAGUGGUGGAGACUAAUGGAAGUCUCUUCUGUAACAUGCCUGACCUGCCGUCAUGAUGAUCCUGAGCUGCUACCUCUGUCGCUGUCAGGGCUGACCUGUGGGCUGACCUUAGCUAACACUGCUCUGCUGCUGUACCAGCCAUUAGUCUCCUGCUUUUUACAUGUGUCUAGCACUCCUCUGCUAAAGUUGAACUGUUUUUAACCUAGUGUGCUUUUACCUUAGCAUGUGUUGGUUACUUAUUGAGUAUAUUUUUAAAUUAUAUAUUAAUGUGAGGCUUCUCUGGAUUUUGGAGCCUAAGCGAAAACAAUGAUAGAAAUGAUUCCAGAAUUUUGGCCGAGUUUAAGUAACUUAAAAAAAAAAAAAACCACAUAAGUAUAUUUUUAAAGAGAAAACUAAACCUUUCAAGAUAAUGCUCAUGUUGUUGGGGACAGCUCAGUCAGAAUCAGGACACUUAUCUUGCAUAUAAGUAAAUGGCAAUCCAUCCAUGUCUUGCAUCAGUCAGAUAAUCAUUAACUCUUCCUGUUACUGAAACAAAGUGCUCCGAGUCUAAAACAGAAUUGAACUUGCCUUCUGUGAUGCACAGGGGCGCUUGAUGCUUAAGUGCACAUGGAAAGGUUAGCAAUAACUGGGUAUCAGUUAGAAUUUGAGGAUUCUAUAUGUUUACAUUUUUAAUGUGCAUCUUCAUCUGGUGGGCUUCCCAUGUAGAGACUUGCACUAUAGUGAGCAAAGAAGGAUGCUGCCUUGUUUCAUCUCAGUCCAGGUGGUGUACUGAGAUGGCAAUGGCCCCUUCUUGCAAAAUACUAAGUUGUGUGCCAAUUUGUUGAAAUGAUUUGAAGGCAGUUCAGGUUAAUCUCAGUAUCCUCUUUCUGGGGCAGCUGAGUUGUUGUGAGUAUUUCUGAGAGUACUUUUUAGUGAGAUGCUUGUCAAACUUGGGAAAGAGAUAAUGAUGCUCAAAUUACAUGGACAGUUAAGUUUAAGUAAACUAUGUCAUAAUUAUUGAACAUAAGAAAAACAAAGGAAAAAUAAACUUAUGAAAACACAAAUUGGGAAAAGGGGAAAGUUUUAAAUUAGUGUGUGUCUAAUUAUUUAAGAGGAAAUGUGACUAAAAUUUGAUUAGGUUCCAUAGUUAUUUUGAACUUGUAUCUUAAAGUAUGGCUAUUCACUGAUAGGAGAGUGCAUGAGGUGAGCUUUGGUGUAGCUUGCUUUUGUUCACUGCAGCAAGCUUUUCUGCAUUGAAAUCUUUUAUAACUAGGACUCAAACUUGACUCCUUUGGAGCCCUAGUCUUCUGACUAAGGCCUGAGAGUUCUUGUUUAGGUCAGGUAAAUGACACACACAGUCACAGAAAAGGUGUAGAGUUGGUGGGUAGAAUAUUUCUAGUAUUUUUUUUUUUAAUUUUACAAUGCUUUUGCUACUGCACACUAAGUUGUAAAAAUAGUCAUCUAAGGUACCAGUUAGUCUGGGGGAGCAGUUUUUGUCUCACUGUAAAGGCCCAUCAGUGAACAUUGUUUUGAGUUCAUAGCUGUGCUUCCCUGCUUGACUUUAUAGAGAGAAUUACAAACUGAUUUCUUACCCAGAAUUAGACUGUAGAUAGGAGUAUGGAUAUCAGUUGGUUGGCAAUACUUAAGAAUUCACAAAUGAGAGCCAUGCACAAGUAUAGGUGUGGACUGAGUCCUAAACAGGUUUAUCAUUAAACAUUAGUUAAAAUGUCAGAAUCCCUUUUAAUUUCCUGGGGUUUCCUUAUCCCAGGCCUAAAACAGGCCAUGAGAAGAGGUAUGAUUUUAGGGCAUCUGGGAUGGCAUUGCUUUGUAAUGGUGUCAGAUCCUCAGGUUUUAAAGUCAAGGACUUUGGGCCUCAAAUGUGAAGUUGCAUUGUGACAACUCUGUAUUCUCAGCAUCUUCCUCUGACUGUGCAGCUCAUUGAAUCUAGCUUACACCUGAGCGGAGAAGGGAGGUAGAUGCUCAGGUUUAUUUUAGUGACUUAGAAUCAAAUUACCAACUCUAUCCCCACCCUUCUUCAACAGAAGGGAGCUUUGUCAAUUUUUUGUCUUAUCAUUUUCACAGGCAUUUAUAAACCAUUCUUUAUUUUACUCCUAGGGAAUUUUAGAAUUACAGACUGAUUUAUUGUCCUCAUAAGCAGAGUAUGAGCCCAACAUACACUAACCAUUGGGUUAUCCAUCAUCACUUAGCGUUUGUCCUACGUCAACACCAAAGAGUUAUAGACAGCAUGCUUUUGCUUAACUGUCCAUUGGGCUUUGUUUAUCCAUUAAAUGUAGGAAAGAUGGGGUGGUAUAGCUAUAUAUCCAUGUGGAUAGGUAUCUAUAGCCAAGCCUAAAUAUGAGUAUUAAGAGGAAAGGAAAGCGAGGAGAAUGAUUCCAUCAGAGUCUGGUGAUGGGAGGCUGCAGAAGGAGGAUAUGAGAGACUGAACUGGACUGGCCUCGUUGCAAGUGAAGGAUCUGGUGCUGCUUUCGGAUGUUUGUCUUUUAUGAGUCUAAACUUCUUCUUAAGCUUUAAUCUUUGUCAUUGUCUUAAAGUCAGCUGGUGUUUUCUUGUUCAUCGACUUUGGUACGAUGGUGCUUUGCAAGGAUGUAUUUAUAUUAUAAUGGCCAACAUUUGGUCAGCCCUUGUCCACUUAUUCACUUCCCCUUUUUGUAAAAUAAGUGCUUUAAUUAUAAAUUGUAUAAAGGUACCUUGUAUAAACCCCCCUUUUGAUUAUUACAGUAAGCUGAAUUGUAACAAAUGAAAUGUUGAUUUUUAUAAUAAAACAGUGGAAA